AUGGAUCAUAAUAUGACCGGUAUGAUGGACAUGGUAAUACACUUUCGUGAAAGGGAACUCAUCCUCUUCUCAUUCUGGAAGACCGGCACGUUGUCAGGAAUGGCUGUGUCCAUGUUUAUCUCAUUUCUGCUUUGUAUCUUGUAUGAGGCGAUCAAAGGCUUUCGUCUGUUCCUUGCGAUCUACCACAACAAGCAGCGUCGUUCCGCCAUGACCAGUUCGCAGUCAGCCUUAGCUGAUUCGGCAGGUGACAAUGUAUCCCAUGAUUCAGUCUCAUUUGCUCCUAUGCUUCAAGUUACUGGUUUGACGCGCCGCGUAUUUUCCGGAUAUCGCUUGAUCCAAGCAUCUCUCUACGGUGUACAGGCUCUCUUAGCUUACGUGCUAAUGCUCAUCGUCAUGACAUUCAACGGAAAUCUCAUUCUGAGCAUCGUAGCUGGAGAAGCCGUUGGUUACUUACUGUUUGUUGGGACGCCACUUGCAGAUUCCCAUCUUGCAGACUGCUGCUAA